GAUACGCAAAGUAAGCUGAAAUCUGCUAAGGAAGCUCACAAGGAAGUUACUGAAAAUGUGGAGAAGUAUUCCAAAUAUAAGCAGAAUGAGGAGGUUGAUUGUAUUGAAAUGGAGAAAACCGAGAAUUACGUAUGGAUUUGCAAGAAUAGUAGCCAAGUUUGUGUACCAUUCAGUUUAGAUAUUUUCUAUUCUUAUAUUAAUGAUCCAAGAAAACAACCUAAAUUUUCGAAAUGCCCCAAAUGUGGAUGUAUGAUGCUUCAUCACCGUAUUGACAAGGAGAAAAAGCCGGUGAAAAAAACCAAAAUAGUGGAAAAAAUUCUCCAUGAAAUGAAAAGUCUUUACGACGAAAAUACCAAUCAAGGUAUCCGUCUUGAGGGUGAGAUCACCAGGUGGAGUACUGAUAUUGAGGCACUAGAAGACAUUAUCAAGAAGAAAGAGAGUGAAAUUUGUGAAUGUUGUCACGAACUCAAGAAAAUCUGUUCGCAGUUCAACUUCGUGGAUGAGCUGAACAGUGUCA